UUGACUGAAAAGUUUUGAACCAAAACACCAAAAGAGAUGACAAUAUGAUUGAGACAAUUGUUGACUGAAGACACGUGAAGAUCAGGACAACAUGCGGUCCAUCGCUUUUGUGGAUCACUUGCAGUUGCAAAUGGACGGCACUGUCAGUAAUAAUGCCAUCACUGUUGCCGACUGUGACAACGAUCUGGCCAAUGAGUUGAUUGCGGCCACUCUUGAGGGCGAUUUAGCUGUCUUUAAGGGUACUCAAGCCAACUGUUGGGCUCUUUCGCAGGGAUUGGGAAUGGUGAUAUCCGUAAUCGUUGGCGAUAUCCUCAACAACAAGAAAAAUUGUAUCGUUUGUGUGUCAGUCGAGGGCUUCUGCAAUAUCUUCAACCUGUCCUCCGAUUCCACUCCCAAACCAAACACCACUCUUAAGACAAACCUCUCCUCG